CAUAAAAGUUCUAAUGGCUGGAAACAAAGGAAGAGGACGUGCUUCUUUUACCUUUAAUAUCGAGGCUAUUGGUUUUGCUAGAGGUGAAAAGUUACCUGAUGUGGUAUUGAAACCUCCACCUCUAUAUCCUGACACAGAUUAUAAGCCGGUGCCUCUCAAAGCAGGAGAAGCAGAAGAAUACAUGUUAGCCUUAAAACAGGAGUUUAGAGCAACCAUGAGAAGAACACCUUAUUUUAUGGACACAGAGGAAGAAAAACAAGAAAUCGAAAGAUACAGCAAAAGAUAUCUGAAAAGUUGCAAAGAUGACGAUUUGGAAUGGGUACCAGAUUGGAGAAGACUUCCAAGAGAGAUGAUGCCAAGGAAAAAAACCACAAAAGGUAUGUUAUAUACAAAAGGAUAG